ACGACAUAUUUUCAGAAGCAAGGCUAAAUAACUUGAAGGCUUUCCAUUGCGCUGGAUUACCCUUUCCACGCAAUGCGGUUCCUUCUUACGAGUCCUUAGAACAGGCGGUUCUUGCCUCCCGUGGCGUAGGAGAUUAGGGUAUCGAACCUAGUGCAUUACAGUAUCCUAAGGCGUCGAGUAGCGACAGGUGGUUCUCGCCGUCUUGAUUUCCCAUGGCGAAUCGGACAGAUCCAAGGGCGCGAACGGUUCACGGCACCAACCCGCAGAAUUUAGUGGAGAAGAUUCUUCGCGCCAAGAUCUAUCAGAACAUCUACUGGAAGGAACAAUGCUUCGGCCUCACAGCUGAAACCCUGGUCGAUAAGGCUAUGGAUCUGGACCAUUUCGGAGGAACGUUCGGAGGAAAUCGCAAACCUACCCCUUUCAUGUGUCUGAUUCUCAAGAUGCUACAGAUUCAACCGGAGAAGGAGAUUGUGGUUGAGUUCAUAAAAAACUCCGAUUACAAGUACGUGCGGCUGCUCGGGGCGUUCUACCUGCGGCUGGUGGGGAAGCCCAUGGAUGUGUACCAGUACUUGGAGCCGCUGUACAACGACUACCGGAAAGUGCGGCGGAAACUGGACAGUGGAAGCUAUGUGUUGUCACAUGUGGACGAGUUCAUGAGGAGCUUCUCACACUCGACUCCAGUUGCGACAUUGCGUUGCCUCGCAUACCUCGAAGGUGGACGUUGGAAGCAGCAGGGCAGUUGGAGCUGAGGAAGAGUGGUCUGGAUUACGACGAGAUGGAGGAGGAAGAGGAAGAAGAGGAGGAGGAGCGGGAACCUGUUCCUGAUAAGGCCGAGGAGAAAGAGCGGUAUCGGGACAGAGACGGGGAGAGAGACAGGGACAGGGACAAAGAAAGGGAUAGGGAUAAGGACAGAGACAGAGACUUGGACAGGGACAGGGACAGAGAUCGGGACAGGGACCGGGAGCGAGACAGGGACAAGGAUCGCGCUACUAUUCCAGGGACCGGGAUCGAGACAGGGACAGAGACAGAGGCAGGGAUCGAGACAGAGACAGAGACAGGGACAGGGGCAGGGACAGGGAUAGGGAUAGAGAUAGGGAGGGACAGAGACACGGACAGAGAUUGGGCAAGAGACAGGGGAAGGGAGCGAGACAGAGACAGGGACAGGGGUAGAGACAGGAGCAGGGAAAGAGAUAGGGGUAAGGACAGGGAGAGGGACAGGGAUAGGGAUAGGGAGCGGGAUAGAGACAGGGACAGAGAUGAGAGAGAGGGGGACUAUGAUGGGGAAAGGAACAGAGAUGGUGAUUCGAGGAAGCGUGAUCGAAGGGAUGAGAUGGCUGAUGAGAACAG